CCCCUUUCAGGUUAAGAAGGAGCUUCCAGCUCCAUAAAGGAAGGGCUCGUCAAUAACUACAGCUGUUACUUGUGGUCAGGGUGAUGGGGAACUUUGCUGUGGUUGGCCACUGCUUUAAAUCAUGUGAUCAGUAAAUGGCCAGCAGAUGCAGCGGACUCUGAUCUAUGGGCUUCUAACCAGGGUGCAAAACCCUUUGGCUUGCUCUGGUCUGUUUCAUGCUGCCCAUCAGAGAUGAGCUGAGGUUGGGUCUGAGGAAGUCAACCUUGGUUUCCAGAAUAUUCAGGUUAUCUCUGGCUUUUGAUAGGUUCUGAGGAAGCGGAUUGUUUUGAAAAUAAAGCACACCGUGAAGACCUCCAAGGAACUCGCUCUUGUCAUCUCAAGUCUCUGAAGGCAGAGCUGGUUGCACUUUUCUUUAAGACAGUUUUCCUGGGAAGUUCACCCUCCGGGAGUGAAACCUUGACUCUCAGGAUGAUCCUGUCUAACGCCACGGCCGUGACACCUGUGCUGACCAAGUUAUGGCAGGGGACAGUUCAACAGGGCGGCAACACGUCUGGGCUGGCCCGCAGGUUCCCAGGCCACGAGGACGGCAAGCUGGCAGCGCUCUACAUCCUCAUGGUCCUCGGCUUUUUUGGCUUCUUCACCCUGGGCAUCAUGCUGAGUUACAUCCGCUCCAAGAAACUGGAGCACUCCCAUGACCCAUACAACGUGUACAUUGAGUCUGACACUUGGCAGGAGCAGGACAAGGCGUACUUCCAGGCCCGGAUUCUGGAGAGCUGCAGGGCGUGUUACGUCAUUGAGAACCAACUGGCUGUAGAGCGACCCAGUGCAUACCUUCCUGAGAUGAAGCGGUCGUCCUGACCCCAGGACCAGUCAAAACUGGACAGAGCCUCCCUGAUGAGCUGAUUUUUCUAAUCACAUGUUCCUUAUUUUCUUUAUUGUAUGAGUAUAAUUGGGGUUUUUGUCUAUCAUAAGGGGUGAAAGGGGGAUUUAAUAUCACUAUAUUUCUAAAAUCACAUUCCUUCUAUAAUAGAUUGUCAGUAAUUCCCCAGUA